GAUUUAAUGGUUUUAUCAUCAGAUAACAUAGCACCAAUAAAACUCAACACAUUACCCACAGAAACCAUUAUUAUUGCCAUUAAAACCAUUCAAUCAUUCGAAUUACUGUUAUGGUUUUUAUUGUUUUUAUUUAAGUAAAGGGCAAUAAGGCCAUGUUUCACUAUAGUAUACACAAACUACAGGUGUUGAUGUGAACUUCCCAAGAGUAAUCUGACCUAAUCCUUUUAGUGUUUGUCUUAAUCUACAGUGUUGUUUUGGAAUAGUGUGUCUCUCUUGGACAGUAGUGUAUGAGAUAUAACACUUGGAGCAAUGAAUCUCCUUCUGUAUGCUGAACUUACUCUGUGUUUGGUUUUGGUUGUAUGUGCACAAGGUCCAGCAUGCCCAUCUUUAUGCACAUGUGCCUUCCAUGGUCGCAGCAAUAACAAGGAACUCAGAACAGUACUUUGUAAGAAUCCAGCCUUGACUGGUAUUCCAGUAGAUUUGCCAAGUGAUACGGUCAAGUUUCGUCUGGAAAGAACCUCUGUCUCAAGGAUAUUCAGAGGCGCUUUCUCUUCUCUGCCAGAACUCCUUUAUUUGUGGCUUACGUAUAACUCCAUCACUGUUGUACAUCCAAGGAGCUUUACGAACCUGUCUUUCCUUCACGAGUUACGAUUGGAUGGGAACCUUCUGUCCAGCUUUCCCUGGGAGGGACUUAGGGAUGUGCCUCGCCUCCGGACCCUUGGACUGCACAAUAACCGCCUGGCACGGAUCCCACCCCUGGCUGCGCGUUACCUAGGCAAUAUCACUUAUCUGGACCUCUCAAGCAACAGGCUGAGCACGCUACCUAAUGACCUGUUUGCACUCUGGCCAUUGAUCACGCUCAGUGAGACAACUCAACCCCAACGCUCUGUGGUUUUAGGUCUACAGGAUAACCCCUGGGUGUGUGAUUGCAGACUCGCCUCCUUGCUUGAUAUUAGCAAGGCACCAGAAUCCUCUAUGGUGCUGUUGGAUCGCUUCCUGUCCUGUAGCGGUCCGCCAGUCCUCGCUGGAGUUUCCUUUCAGAACGUGGAGCUCUCUCGUUGCCGUCGGCCAUCCGUGGUGACCUCCGGCACAAAGAUCACAGCUCUGCUUGGCAGCAACAUUCUGCUUCGCUGUGAUGCUAUAGGACACCCCACUCCCACACUUGUGUGGUUCAAAUCUGCCAGACCGAACCUUUAUAAUACAGGUUGCUGUGAACAGAUACAAAGCAGAGGAACUGAGAAUCUGCCCAGAAAACUCUCCGGCUAUGUACAAGACUCGUCUCAAGUGGGAAUUCGCUGGUCGGCUGUCAGUCUUAAUGGAAUAUCCUAUAAAGAUGCAGGAGAGUAUCGAUGCAGAGCACAAAACAUGGCAGGGAUAUCAGAGGCCAUUGUCAGUCUGAACGUGGUUGGGAUGAUGGCUGAAAAUACAGACCUACAGCAAACGGCUGCAAAAUCGGAUUAUUCACAAAAGAAACCCAAAACAAAAUCUAAAGUAGGAUCUUUGGUACCUCGAAACAUAACACGACCACUCUUAGCCUCUAAGAAAGUGAUAAACAUUCCUAAAGAGAUGUAAAUGGACAGAAUCUACCACAAAGUCACUUUUAAUGAUCUGAUACACAAAAGAUCAUUCACAUCUAACACACAGC